AUGGCCGGACGUCUCAAGGACUAUCAUCUAUGUCCCGCCUGUUCGAACAUCUUCACAGAUCCUCUCAUGCUGCCGUGCGGUCACAGCUUCUGCCGUACAUGUCUGCACCAGUUGAUUGCCACAGACAAACGAUUGUGUCAACUCUGUGGGAGAGCGUUUGGAUUGAGGGAUCCGCGUCCGAACAUUGCAGUCAGGGCGAUAUGUGAGGAAAUUGUCAAGUCAGAAGACAUGUGCAGCUUGCACAAAGAGGAACUCAACUUCUUCUGUUUGGACCACCAGGAGCUUGUGUGCCCCGAAUGCAUCUCUACAGAAAUCCAUGCUGGCCACAAGUUCAAGUCCCUCAAAAAAAUUGUGAAAGGUCAUCAUAAGGAACUCCAGGAAGGCCUGCAAGAGGCCAAGGGAAGACUCAAAGAUUACAAUGACUGUAAAGUCAACUUAUUUGAACAGGCAGGGUACAUCAAAGUCCAGAGGGCGAAUGUCGAACGCAAGAUUAGGAAGGAUUUUAAGGAGCUCCGUCUCUUUCUCGACGUCGAGGAGGAGGCCAGGUUGGCUGAUGUCAUGGAGGAAGAGAAGAAGAAGAGUCAAACGAUAAAGGAGAAGAGAGCGGCUCUCGGCGAACAAAUCGCCGCUCUCUCGGAUGUCGUCAGCAGCACUGAGAAGCAGCUGAAGUCUGACAACGCUUCUUUCAUGAAGAACAUUGAGACUGCGAUGAGCAGAAUCCAGGAGCUGCCUGAGAAGCCGCAGCUGCUACCAGGAGCUCUGCUGGACGAAGCCAAACACGUGGGCAACCUCAAGUUCAAGGUGUGGGAGCGGAUGAAGGAGACGCUCGCCUACAGCCCAGUCAUUCUGGACCCCAACACAGCCAAUCCAAGAAUCUGUCUGUCCGAAGAUCUAACCAGUCUGAGUUUGAAAAAAUUACAGCAGGAGCGUCCAAAGAAUUCAGAGAGGUUCCAGGGGGAGACUCUGCUGGGUUGUGCUUCGGACCCGGGAAGACAACAGUGGCUGGGAAUUAGGGGUUGUGUGGAUGGACCUUCGUUUGCCAGAGAAAAUGAAGGGUUGGAUCAUUGGAUUUUGUAA